UGUCUUUAUUCCUUCUGCUUAUUAUUUCAAUUCAUCAUAUGUUAGGUUUAAAUACCGUGUACAGCCGUAGUCCAUGUUUAUCUAACGUAAAUUGCGCCUCGGGACAAUGGUGUGUUCAAAAUACCACAGGACAUUUCUGCAUUUCACCUUCGAAUGGCGAGUGUUCAUUCAGUAGUAGUCAGUGUAUAUUUGGUAAUUUGGAUGAUGGUAUUACGGCUGCUAAUAGUGACGCAGCUAUUCAAGAAAAUAUGCCCUAUCAUGACCAUACAGUUGGGAGAUGUACUGUACCUCCAUCAAAAUUCUUCAUAUUUCGCCAAAAUUCAACCCUAACAACGUCGAUGGUGAAGUCGUAUACUUUCAACUCUUCGUCGGAGAAAGGACUUCUCUUUCGUCUUCGCUUUUGGUACUUCAUGUACGGCCGAGAUAAAGGAGAAAUGAGUGUCUUGCUUUCACAAAAUAAUUCAACAUCGACAAUUUGGAGUACGGCAUUAAACGACAACCGAAAUUGGCAGUAUCAGCUAUUAGAAAUGAAAUCUAGCGCUCAGAAUAUUACUUUCACAAUGGUGGCCAACUUUUCUGGACCAAAUUUAGUUGUUGCAUUGGAUGACUUAAAUGUGAAAGUUUGCAAUCCGUAUACUCGACCUAACGUCAUGUCAGUUGUCAUAGUUACUAAUGGUACUAUAAACAUCACGUGGACUCAAACUGGAUGUUCCAAUGACUUUUCAUACAGUACAAUGGUUUAUCUCUUGUCACCAGUUUCCGGGAAUUGGAGUCUCGUCACAACGACUUCAGCUAGUUUCCAUGUAAUCAACUCUACGAUAUUUUUACCUAACAGUACAUAUCAGUUUAGAGUGAAUACUCGCUAUGUAUUGAACAAUGAAGUGAUAAUCAGUGACGAUAGCAACAUCUAUCAUUUUACAUUUCCAGCUACAUUUGUUUCUUCUUGGUUUUACUUCGAGGAUCCAACAUUUCGUCCAACGUUUUCAACUACACUCGGUUAUCUGAUAGAGCGAGGAAAAUCUUUCAGAAUUGGAUGUAAUGCUUCAUCGCCCAAUCGACCAAAUAUAACGUUUACCAAAGGCAGGUCCUUAUCGGGAGAUUCAAGUACUUCGUCAAACAUCGAUGCCAGCAUUUGAUGAUGUAUCUCGGACAUGGUACAUAAUUUAUAACUUUACGAACUUUGGCGACGGAUCUGUUGCACGUUAUACUUGCGAAACGUCAUUUCAAGACUCUACUAUCAUUAAAACACUAUUAUUUAAUGUCCAAGGCUCAUUUAUUGGACAUUUUCUUUUCUUGUCUCCUUCGCCAAAUGUUCCGUACGGUAGUAUAAUUCUACAUUUGGUGUAUGGCAUUGGCAAUGAGUACAAUGAAACAAAGCUGGAAACUCGAAAUUGGCGCACGGGAGAAUACUUCCCUAGUAACGAUGUUCUGUACAGUCAGGGGUCUUUUCCAGGAUAUUUUACACAUUUCAUCGCUAGAUAUCCAAGUGUGAAAUGCGUAAACACUGGUGUACAUCGUUUUAUUGUGAGAAUAGAUGAUUUCAUCACUCGAAACUAUACAUUCCAGGCAAUUUAUUUACUAAACCCAGACCCUCCUCGCUCUGUUGUAGUAACUCAUAACGGUACAAGUCGUGCUAUGAUCACGUGGCUCUCUCCUGGAUGUAACGGAGGCCCGGUCCACAGUGCUCUUAUAACAUUAAAUGAAACUGGCGUCAAUUCAACUUCGCACACGUUUGAACUUAAUAAUACAAAUUUAAUGUGGAAUGCGACAAGUGGUGUUGGAUCUGUGAUAAUCUCCGAGUUUUCUUUUGAGUUGAAUAUUAUCUAUAAUUGGAGUGUUACCGUUAAAUAUAAUGCUACUGGAGGAGGAACUGUGUGGAGUCAAGAAAGUGCUAUAGUAUCUACAAUUAUACGUGAUGACUUUUCUGUUGGAUUAUCAGUGGACCGUCCUAGCUUUUCUUUGCAUGGUGUCGUCAAGGCGCACAUGUUGAAACUUGGUGAAACGUUUACCCUUACUUGUACCGUGGUGUCAAGAACUGUACCCAUAAUAACAUGGUCAAAACGUUCCUAUGAAGGAUACGAAGUUAGAAAUGUCUCUGCCGGAUAUCAAGAGUUCUCAUCUUCAGGAUUUGGUUGGAAAUUUGAUUAUAUCUUCCAAAACUUCAACUAUACAGAUUCCGGAAACUACACAUGUUCUGCUAGGGUUGGAAAUCAAUUAGUAACUGAUUAUUUUGUUCUUUAUGUAAAUGCUUCUGCGAUAUUUAAAGAAGUGACGUUCACACCCUCAAAUCUUACAACGUCGUUCAACUCCACCUUCAGGGGGGAGAUGGUUUCACAGGGUCUACUGCAGUAUAAUGCUGAUUUGGAGAUGGCGAACUGGCAAACUGGAGAGUUUUCGAGCAUUAAUACCCCAAUAUCACAAGAAUAUAUUGACGGUUACGUAAAAUACACCGCUCUUCAAACUUCAUUUAGUUGUGCAAACACUGGAGUUUACCGAGCAGUCUUGGAGAGUCAGGAUUACUCGGAGUUACGUUAUGACACUUUACCAGUGUAUGUCGCAGAUCCAGAACCACCGAAGAUUAUCUCAAUCGUCCCAUAUUCAUCCUCACUUGUAAAAGUGAAUUGGACUGCAGUGCAAUGCAACAUGGGAUAUCCAAAGCAAGCAAUGGUCACUUUGUUAAAUGAAAAAGGAGAAACAAUAAUGGAAAGAAAUUAUUCAAUUUCUGCAUAUAAUGCAAGCACAACGCAAGGUUCAACUUUGGUGGAGAGAAAUGUCCUAGAUUCUUACACAGCGUGGAAAUUAAGAGUGUUGUAUAAUGGUAAAAAUGAAAAUGUUUGGAGUCAAGCAUCACAGUCAUUUUUUACUACAGUAUCUGACAUCUUUAAAUGUUUGUCCAAUCCUUGUAACAUCAAUGCUAACUGUACUAACACUGAAGGAUCUUUUAUAUGUCAAUGUAAGGAAGGAUAUUCUGGUGAUGGAUUCUCUUGUAUAGAUAUCAACGAAUGUUCCUCCUCACCUUGUAACAUCAGCGCUAACUGUACUGGCACUAAAGGAUCUUUUAUAUGUCAAUGUAGAGAAGGAUAUUCGGGAGAUGGAUUCUCUUGUACCAACAUCGAUGAAUGUAUUAACAUUCCCAGUCCAUGUCAUAUAAACGCUACUUGUAAUGAUACUGAUGGUUCUUAUGUAUGUACUUGUAUCGAUGGUUACUCUGGUAACGGAACAACAAACUGUACUAACAUUGACGAAUGUUCAUACAUAUCUUGUGAUAAAAAUGCGCAAUGCGUUGAUACUCCUGGCUCUUAUGCUUGUCGUUGUAAUAAUGGAUACAGUGGAAAUGGAACUUUUUGUGAAAAUAUCAAUGAAUGUCUGUCCAAUCCUUGCAACAUCAGUGAUAACUGUACUGACACUGAAGAAUCUUUCAAGUGUCAAUGUAAGGAAGGAUAUUCUGGUGAUGGAAUCUCCUGUAUAGAUAUCAACGAAUGUUCCUCCUCACCUUGUAACAUCAGCGCUAACUGUACUGACACUGAGGGAUCUUUUAAAUGUCAAUGUAACGAAGGAUAUUUUGGUGAUGGAUUCUCUUGUAUAAACAUCAAUGAAUGUGAAUUGAACAAUUCAUGUCAUUUCAACGCCAGAUGUUUUGAUAAUAAUGGAUCUUACGUAUGUAAAUGUAACAUUGGUUAUAAUGGUACUGGAUUCAGUUGUACCAAUAUCAAUGAAUGUUUGUCCAAUCCUUGUAACAUCAAUGCUAACUGUACUGACACUGAAGGAUCUUUUGAAUGUCAAUGUAAGGAAGGAUAUUCUGGUGAUGGAAUCUCCUGUACCAAUACCAAUGAAUGUAUGAACAUUCCCAGUCCAUGUCAUAUAAACGCUACUUGUAAUGAUACUGAUGGUUCUUAUGUAUGUACUUGUAUCGAUGGUUACUCUGGUAAUGGAACAACAAACUGUACUAACAUUGACGAAUGUUCAUACAUAUCUUGUGAUAACAAUGCGAAAUGUUUUGAUACUUCUGGCUCUUAUGCUUGCCGUUGUAAUAAGGGAUUCAGUGGAAAUGGAACUUUUUGUGAAAAUCUCAAUGAAUGUUCCUCCUCACCUUGUAACAUCAGUGCUAACUGUAUUGACACUGAGGGAUCUUUUGAAUGUCAAUGUAACGAAGGAUAUUCUGGUGAUGGAUUCUCUUGUAUAGACAUCAAUGAAUGUGAGUUGAAAAACUCCUGUCAUUUCAACGCCAGAUGUUUUGAUAAUAAUGGAUCUUACGUAUGUAAAUGUAACGUUGGUUAUAAUGGUACUGGAUUCAGUUGUACCAAUAUCAAUGAAUGUCUGUCCAAUCCUUGUAACAUCAAUGCUAACUGUACUGACACUAAAGGAUCUUUUGAAUGUCAAUGUAAGGAAGGGUAUUCUGGUGAUGGAUUCUCUUGUAGAAACAUCGUUGAUUGUGAGUUUAGCAAUUCCUGUCAUUUCAACGCGAGAUGUUUUGAUAAUAAUGGAUCUUACGUAUGUAAAUGUAACGUUGGUUAUAAUGGUACUGGAUUCAGUUGUACCAAUAUCAAUGAAUGUUUGUCCAAUCCUUGUAACAUCAAUGCUAACUGUAUUGACACUGAGGGAUCUUUUGAAUGUCAAUGUAACGAAGGAUAUUCUGGUGAUGGAUUCUCUUGUAUAGACAUCAAUGAAUGUGAGUUGAAAAACUCCUGUCAUUUCAACGCCAGAUGUUUUGAUAAUAAUGGAUCUUACGUAUGUAAAUGUAAAGAUGGUUAUAAUGGAACUGGAUUCAAUUGUACCAAUAUCAAUGAAUGUAUGAACAUUCCCAGUCCAUGUCAUAUAAAUGCUACUUGUAAUGAUACUGAUGGUUCUUAUGUAUGUACUUGUAUCGAUGGUUACUCUGGUGAUGGAACAACAAACUGUACUACCAUUGACGAAUGUUCAUACAUAUCUUGUGAUAACAAUGCGAAAUGUUUUGAUACUUCUGGCUCUUAUGCUUGCCGUUGUAAUAAGGGAUUCAGUGGAAAUGGAACUUUUUGUGAAAAUCUCAAUGAAUGUUCCUCCUCACCUUGUAACAUCAGUGCUAACUGUAUUGACACUGAGGGAUCUUUUGAAUGUCAAUGUAACGAAGGAUAUUCUGGUGAUGGAUUCUCUUGUAUAGACAUCAAUGAAUGUGAGUUGAAAAACUCCUGUCAUUUCAACGCCAGAUGUUUUGAUAAUAAUGGAUCUUACGUAUGUAAAUGUAACGUUGGUUAUAAUGGUACUGGAUUCAGUUGUACCAAUAUCAAUGAAUGUCUGUCCAAUCCUUGUAACAUCAAUGCUAACUGUACUGACACUAAAGGAUCUUUUGAAUGUCAAUGUAAGGAAGGGUAUUCUGGUGAUGGAUUCUCUUGUAGAAACAUCGUUGAUUGUGAGUUUAGCAAUUCCUGUCAUUUCAACGCGAGAUGUUUUGAUAAUAAUGGAUCUUACGUAUGUAAAUGUAACGUUGGUUAUAAUGGUACUGGAUUCAGUUGUACCAAUAUCAAUGAAUGUUUGUCCAAUCCUUGUAACAUCAAUGCUAACUGUAUUGACACUGAGGGAUCUUUUGAAUGUCAAUGUAACGAAGGAUAUUCUGGUGAUGGAUUCUCUUGUAUAGACAUCAAUGAAUGUGAGUUGAAAAACUCCUGUCAUUUCAACGCCAGAUGUUUUGAUAAUAAUGGAUCUUACGUAUGUAAAUGUAACGUUGGUUAUAAUGGUACUGGAUUCAAUUGUACCAAUAUCAAUGAAUGUCUGUCCAAUCCUUGUAACAUCAAUGCUAACUGUACUGACACUAAAGGAUCUUUUGAAUGUCAAUGUAAGGAAGGGUAUUCUGGUGAUGGAUUCUCUUGUAGAAACAUCGUUGAUUGUGAGUUUAGCAAUUCAUGUCAUUUCAACGCGAGAUGUUUUGAUAAUAAUGGAUCUUACGUAUGUAAAUGUAACGUUGGUUAUAAUGGAACUGGAUUCAAUUGUACCAAUAUCAAUGAAUGUUUGUCCAAUCCUUGUAAUAUCAGUGCUAACUGUACUGACACUGAAGGAUCUUUUAAAUGUCAAUGUGACGAAGGGUAUUCUGGUGAUGGAUUUAAUUGUACCAAUAUCAAUGAAUGUAUGAACAUUCCCAGUCCAUGUCAUAUAAACGCUACUUGUAAUGAUACUGUUGGUUCUUAUGUAUGUACUUGUAUCGAUGGUUACUCUGGUAACGGAACAACAAACUGUACUAACAUUGACGAAUGUUCAUACAUAUCUUGUGAUAAAAACGCGACAUGUUUUGAUACUUCUGGCUCUUAUGCUUGUCGUUGUAAAAACGGAUACACUGGAAAUGGAACUUUUUGUGAAAAUCUCAAUGAAUGUUCCUCCUCACCUUGUAACAUCAGUGCUAACUGUACUGACACUGAGGGAUCUUUUAAAUGUCAAUGUAAUGAAGGAUAUUCUGGUGAUGGAUUCUCUUGUAUAAACAUCAAUGAAUGUGAGUUGAACAAUUCCUGUCAUUUCAACGCCAGAUGUUUUGAUAAUAAUGGAUCUUACGUAUGUAAAUGUAAAGAUGGUUAUAAUGGAACUGGAUUCAAUUGUACCAAUAUCAAUGAAUGUAUGAACAUUCCCAGUCCAUGUCAUAUAAAUGCUACUUGUAAUGAUACUGAUGGUUCUUAUGUAUGUACUUGUAUCGAUGGUUACUCUCGUAACGGAACAACAAACUGUACUAACAUUGACGAAUGUUCAUACAUAUCUUGUGAUAAAAAUGCGACAUGUUUUGAUACUUCUGGCUCUUAUGCUUGUCGUUGUGAUAAUGGAUACACUGGAAAUGGAACUUUUUGUGAAAAUAUCAAUGAAUGUUCCUCCUCACCUUGUAACAUCAGUGCUAACUGUACCGACACUGAAGGAUCUUUUAAAUGUCAAUGUAACGAAGGAUAUUCUGGUGAUGGAUUUAAUUGUACCAAUAUCAAUGAAUGUAUGAACAUUCCCAGUCCAUGUCAUAUAAACGCUACUUGUAAUGAUACUGAUGGUUCUUAUGUAUGUACUUGUAUCGAUGGUUAUUCUGGUGACGGGACAACAAACUGUACUAACAUUGACGAAUGUUCAUACAUAUCUUGUGAUAAAAAUGCGACAUGUUUUGAUACUUCUGGAUCUUAUGCUUGUCGUUGUAAUAAUGGAUACAGUGGAAAUGGAACUUUUUGUGAAAAUAUCAAUGAAUGUUCCUCCUCACCUUGUAACAUCAGUGCUAACUGUACCGACACUGAAGGAUCUUUUAAAUGUCAAUGUAACGAAGGAUAUUCUGGUGAUGGAUUCUCUUGUAUAAACAUCAAUGAAUGUGAGUUGAACAAUUCCUGUCAUUUCAACGCCAGAUGUUUUGAUAAUAAUGGAUCUUACGUAUGUAAAUGUAAAGAUGGUUAUAAUGGAACUGGAUUCAAUUGUACCAAUAUCAAUGAAUGUAUGAACAUUCCCAGUCCAUGUCAUAUAAAUGCUACUUGUAAUGAUACUGAUGGUUCUUAUGUAUGUACUUGUAUCGAUGGUUACUCUGGUAACGGAACAACAAACUGUACUACCAUUGACGAAUGUUCAUACAUAUCUUGUGAUAAAAAUGCGACAUGUUUUGAUACUUCUGGCUCUUAUGCUUGUCGUUGUAAUAAUGGAUACAGUGGAAAUGGAACUUUUUGUGAAAAUAUCAAUGAAUGUUUGUCCAAUCCUUGUAACAUCAGCGCUAACUGUACUGACACUGAAGGAUCUUUCAAAUGUCAAUGUGACGAAGGGUAUUCUGGUGAUGGAUUUAAUUGUACCAAUAUCAAUGAAUGUAUGAACAUUCCCAGUCCAUGUCAUAUAAACGCUACUUGUAAUGAUACUGAUGGUUCUUAUGUAUGUACUUGUAUCGAUGGUUACUCUAGUAACGGAACAACAAACUGUACUAACAUUGACGAAUGUUCAUACAUAUCUUGUGAUAAAAAUGCGACAUGUUUUGAUACUCCUGGCUCUUAUUCUUGUCGUUGUAAUAAUGGAUACUCUGGAAAUGGAACUUUUUGUGAAAAUCUCGAUGAAUGUUCCUCCUCACCUUGUAACAUCAGUGCUACCUGUACUGACACUGAGGGAUCUUUUGAAUGUCAAUGUAACGAAGGAUAUUCUGGUGAUGGAUUCUCUUGUAUAGACAUCAAUGAAUGUGAGUUGAACAAUUCCUGUCAUUUCAACGCAAGAUGUUUUGAUAAUAAUGGAUCUUACGUAUGUAAAUGUAAAGAUGGUUAUAAUGGUACUGGAUUCAAUUGUACUAAUAUCAAUGAAUGUAUGAACAUUCCCAGUCCAUGUCAUAUAAAUGCUACUUGUAAUGAUACUGAUGGUUCUUAUGUAUGUACUUGUAUCGAUGGUUACUCUGGUGAUGGAAUAACAAACUGUACUACCAUUGACAAAUGUUCAUAUAUAUCUUGUGAUAAAAAUGCGACAUGUUUUGAUACUUCUGGCUCUUAUGCUUGUCGUUGUAAUAAUGGAUACAGUGGAAAUGGAAAUUUUUGUGAAAAUAUCAAUGAAUGUUUGUCCAAUCCUUGUAACAUCAGCGCUAACUGUACUGACACUGAAGGAUCUUUUGAAUGUCAAUGUGACGAAGGGUAUUCUGGUGAUGGAUUCAGUUGCUCAGAUAUAAAUGAAUGCGACAUGUCUCAUGCAUGUCCUGAAGAUAAACGUUGUUUAAAUUCUGCCGGAAGUUAUUCAUGUCAGUGUCCUGUUGGAUUCACUGGAGCCGAGUGCACGAGAAUCCCGGAUGCAUUUAUACCGCUCACUGUCACACUUCAAAUUGAGUAUACCGCAUCCCUUAAUGUUUUAACAUCUCAGGAAAGUCGCGAUUUGAUCAAUGAACUGAAAGCGGCUUUUAGUCUAAAAUUUGCUGAAGUUCCCCAAUAUCGUGGCUUCAACGUUGUACAAUUCAGACAUGGGAGUGUUAUUGUUGAUGGCGAAGUGGUGUUAGUGAAAGAUUCAGAAAACAUCAUUAGCACUGUUUUGACGAAUAUCGGAGAUUCUGGAAAUCUUGGAAAUUAUUCUCUUCAAUCUGGAUCAUUAAAACAACUUACUCAACCACGCUUUACCAACAUGACAAUAAACGUGACUGACGACAUCUCUGCUGGAGAUAAUCUUGAACUGAGUUGUGAAGUUACUGGUCCAUCUUUACCGAUCUUUGAAUGGAGAAAUGGUAGCCAAACAUUGUCACUGUCAAGCCGCGUCAGGAUUGAAACGAAUAAUAACGUAUCGAAAAUGUUUAUUCGUAAAACUGAGAAAUCUGAUUCUGGAAUGUACAGUUGUCUAGCUAGCAAAGGUACUGACCACAUUAAUAGAACUAUAUCCAUCAAAGUUAAAGCACCUCCGGUAAUUGCGGUUUCUCCACUUUCAGUUGCAGUAACUGAAGGCGACACUAUAGUACUGACUUGUGAAGUGUUGGCUGGUUACGAGAAAGGUAUAAAUAUCCUGUGGUUCAAUAGUUCGAGAUCUGACAAACACUUUUAUAGUGGAAGGGAACUGGAUCUUACAAAUGUCAUUAAGAUUGAAAAUGCUCAAAGUGUCACUCGUCAAUAUUGGUGUAUUGCUACCAACUCAGAUGGUUCUACACGCAGUAAGAAUGUAACAGUGGUUGUUGUGGCAAGUGAUUUCAAUAAAUUCUGUUCUGCCGAGUCAGCUGGUGGUUAUGAAUGGAAGAAAACACCAGUUGGUACAAAUGUUAUUCAGAACUGUCUUCCAGGACAACAAGGACUUGUCUAUCGGUUAUGCUCGAAUAUCAAUGAUAAACCAACAUGGGGAUUCGUCAAUGUUUCAGGCUGUCGCUCUGAAGAUGUCAUCAAACUUCGUGACGAGGUGACGAGGUUGGAAAGCGGUUUUGAAUCAAAUAAUGUGAGCGAGAUUAUUCAGCAAACAGAGAGCGUUACUGAAAAAGAACUGUUUGAACAAGAUGUUAAGGAUAUUGUCUUCGUUUUGGAGAUAACACAAACAAGAACGGCUACGCAAAACGACCGUGAGAACUUUAUCAAAUCUUCUAGUAAUAUUGUCGGUAGCGAGAGAAGAGAUGUUUGGGCCAAUAUAGAAAAUCGAAACGUGUUGGCCAGACAAAUUAUCAGUGGGGCAGAUCUGAAUGCAAAGAACUUUGUCGCUCAAAGUAAACAAGACGAAAUUGUUGGUUUCUCUACUUCAAAUAUUCAAGUACUAGGCAUAAACCUCCGGGAAAAAUCAGCUCCCAAACCUGUUAGUCUGCUAGACACGGCAGGUGGAGGCGUUGUAAUUCCAGGAACUGUUGUUAAUGUUAUAAAACAAGCGACAGUUGUUAAAUAUUCAUCAAUCAAGGAUAUUUUAUCUCCUAAAGAACUUCGAAAAUCAGUGGACAACACAAUAAGCGCUGGUUCAAAUCUAACUAUUCAGAGCACUAUAGUUUCGUUUAGUACAACACCUGAACUUAAAAAUGUAACUCAACCAAUCAAGAUCGUCUUACAAAAUAAUCAGAGCGGCUUUGAUAAUCCCAACAGAACUUGUGCAUUUAUUGAACCAGAAGUAGAAAAUAGUAAAUGGAGUCAACAAGGAUGUAAAUUAAAUGAAACUGCAUCAUCGGAGGGAAAUGUUACCUGUGUUUGUGAUCAUAAUACAGCUUUUGCUAUCAUGAUGGAUGUGGCUGGAGUAGAGUUGUCAAGCACAGAACAAAAAGUCCUGGAAGUUAUCUCAACAGUCGGUUGUUCAAUAUCUUUAUUGGGUGUCAUUUUAACGAUAUUGAUAUAUGCUUGUUUUUGGAAGAAAGUUAAGUCUCCUCGAUCUAAAGUUCUUGUUAGUUUGUGUGUCGCUAUUGGCUUCACGGACAUCUUUGCUGUUCUCGAAGGACCUGCAAGAGAUUAUCCGGAUUUCUGUAAAGCAGUUGCUACUUGUCUUCACUUCUUUGUGUUAUCUGUGUUUGGUUGGAUGUUGUGUGAAGGAAUACUUCUUUAUAUUUUGCUCAUUCGAGUUUUUGAUGGAGUCCGCGGAAUACAUUGGAAGAUCUUCAAUUUAAUUGGCUGGGGUGCUCCUUUGUUAAUUGUUUCUAUAUCAUGGGGUGUUACUCAAGGAGAUGGUUACGGCACGGGUUCAUUUUGUUGGCUUAGUGUCGAUGAUAAUUUGAUCUGGGCGUUUGUUGGACCUGCUGUUCUUGUUAUUUUACUUAACACUGUUGUUUUUAUCAUGGUUAUGCGAACGAUGAUGAACUCUCACAAAGUCCAACUACAAGACACUGUUCAGAAAGUGAAGACUGGUGUUAAAGCUGCAAUUGUUAUAUUUCCUAUCCUUGGCUUGACAUGGGUCUUUGGUUUGAUGACGUUCAAUCGCGAAACUUUGUUCUUCCGUUAUCUUUUUGCUAUUUUUAAUUCCCUUCAAGGAUUUCUGAUAUUCCUCUUUCAUUGUGUUCUAAACAAACAGAUGAGAGAUGUUGUUCGACAAAGCACACAGAGCACCUACUCAACUACUCCUCGUAAUAAAACAUUACGUAAAGGCUCUUCUAGUUCUCAGGGAAAUUCCACGUCGAAUUUGAAAUCGCCAGCGAAAAAUAAAAAUGGUGGACGUGGACAGUUGCAUUCUACAAGUUCUUUGCAAACCGAAGGAACUCGCCAAACUUCUGUAUCAUUUGAAUCUGGUGAUUCUUCUAACAGAAGUAAUCUUGCGUUUGAAAUGGACUCAAGAGAAUGAAAGAGUGUCUGUUGAAAAUAAGUAGUUAAUACAAUGUCAUGACACCAUAAUAACGACAAAACUUCCUUACGCUCUCUCCCCUCCCUCCCACUCUUUUCUUUCGUUUUUCAUAGCUUUAACGAAAACAAAUAUUUGUAUUAUCUUUAAAUUUAAGCAAGUUUUGACUGUUAGUAGAAAUGCACUUACAACAUAUACUUACUUUGUAUCGUGGGAUCUUUGCAAGCAAAUUAAAAAUGCCAAUAUAUCUAUGUACAGUAUCGAGAGUUUUAAACUCUAUUCCCAUAUGUUGCUAUUUGUGUAAAUAUUUAAAUGUAGCAAUUAAGCAUUAAUAUUUUCGUCUAAACUAUUUUACGAUAAAAUCGAUUGUUUUAGCUAAAUCAACGUGUUUGUAAUUAAAUAAAGAGGAUUUCUAAGGUCA